GAGUCUGGAGAUAAAGUACUGGGAAUAAUGUUAGACUUCUAGUUCGCAGUAUAUAAUACUGACCGGCCGGCGUUUCAACCAGUUUCGAUAUUGAUCAGGUGUCUAUUGGUUGUGUGUGAUCAUUCUCAGUUCCUCGUUCAUUAAAAAUGGCUGAUCGCAUUGUUUACCCCGACGAAGUAAAUGCUGCCAAAGCGGAAGCUCUUGAAAAGGCCGAGGAAAAGAAAGUUGAAGAAGUCAAGAGCAACUCUGUUGAUGAAUCACAAGACAAGGUGGAGGAACCACCACAAAUCACCAUGAGGAAUGUAAUUGUUGUCCCUGGAAAUUGUCCAGCAGGUUACCAGAUGGGUGCCGAUGGUGUUUGUCGAGAAAUAAUGUAAUUUUAUAUUAUCAUUAAUUAGGGUUAAGAUCUCUCUCUCGAUUCUAAAUUGUAAAAACGUAAAACUUGUUAGUGGCCACACAAUGACAAAUCAAUCGUGUGGAUGAUGUAUAGAUAUAUACCUUAGACGGAUUUAUUGCUAUGUUGCACAUGAAACGAAUAUCAUCAUGAUAACAGUUAGACGAACUGAGGAAAACGUAUGGAAAAAUUAUGACUCGAAUCUGAAUUUUAAUGAAUAUUGUAAGGCCUACAGUAUUAUUAACCUUUUUGAUAUAUAGGUAGCUUUUUGUGUUGUGAUGUUAAUAAAUAAGUUAUUAAAUAAAUAAUGUUUUGGUAUAAUAA